CACGGCAGCUCCAGGUCCUUGAAAGUCUUGAGGAUGAUUAGCUGGAGGAAUUGGCUGUUUCUGCCAAUCAUAAUCCGGCAGAGCUGCCUUUAUAGUUCUGUGGAUAUGAGAGAAAGAGGGAGGGAGGGGAAGACCGACUACAGCUAAACAAGAGGCGCAGCAGCAGGAGCAGCAGCAGAGCAGGAGCAGCUGGUAUUCCGGUGAUUAAAUAGUUCUCAUAGCCUUUUUGCAGUACUCGGUCUGCUCCCUGGUGUAAUUCUCCUGUCCAAGAAGGAAGCUGCAUUUGAACGGUGUGCUGAACAGAGGUUUGAAUCAUUCCAGCUGGCUGCUUGUUUUGAAAAGGACAAUGUGUGUAUAAAUAAAAAGACUCUGCUGGAAGAGUUCAGAUACUAGGACUGGCGCUAAAGAGUGCUCUCGGAAUAUUAUAGAGGCAGAUUGAACUGAAGCUCCUUCUAAUUAACCUGGAGCCAAGUGAACCUGAAUACUGGAUCUCUUAUGUUCUAACUCGGGAUAAAGUCAAGUUAGGAAGAGAAAAAAAAAUGAAAUGCUUCUCUAGAUAAUGCUUAGUAUAUUCUGCAGCAAUUUUUGGUGUUGGAUACAUUUGGAAUCUCUUCAGCUUUUGCCCUUGUGGCACAUCUCCUUCCAGCUUUAACUCAUUUGUUAUCCUUUCAAAUAUUUUACAUGAUCUGCAAUGGUUACAUGAACUUCUGGGAAGUGGUAUUUGCACCAUUUCUUACUUUAUUCACUAUGACACUUUAAGAAAAGAAAUUGGAACAAGCUUCCAAAGCAUCAUUUUAAAAAAUGAAUCUUAUUGUGAAGCUCCGGAGAAGUUUUCGAACACUGAUUGUUCUAUUAGUUACCUUUUGCUUGGUGAGCAUUGUCAUUUCUGCCUAUUUCCUCUACUCUGGCUACAAGCAGGAAAUGACACUUAUUGAAACCACCGCAGAAGCAGAAUGUGCUGGCAUCAAAAUUCUACCAUACCGGUCAAUGGAUUUGAAAACAGGUAAACCUAUUGAUACGUCCAAAACCGACCCUACUGUCCUCCUCUUUGUGGAAAGCCAAUACUCUCAACUCGGUCAAGACAUUAUAGCUAUCUUGGAAUCCAGUCGAUUUCAGUACCACAUGGUCAUUGCUCCUGGCAAGGGAGAUAUGCCUCCCCUUACAGAUAGUGGCAAAGGGAAAUAUACUUUAGUCAUUUAUGAAAACAUUUUGAAGUAUGUCAGCAUGGAUUCCUGGAAUCGAGAGCUUUUAGAAAAAUACUGUGUGGAAUACAGUGUUAGUAUAAUCGGUUUUCAUAAAGCCAAUGAGAACAGCUUACCAAGUACACAAUUAAAAGGCUUUCCAUUAAACCUUUUCAAUAAUAUCGCUCUAAAAGACUGUUUUGUCAACCCUCAGUCUCCUUUGCUGCAUAUCACCAAAGCGCCCAAGGUUGAGAAAGGCCCUCUUCCUGGGGAAGACUGGACUGUUUUCCAAUAUAAUCAUUCAACCUACCAGCCUGUGCUUUUAACAGAAUUACAGACAGAAAAAUCCCUUUCAUCCUCGUCCAGUAAAACACUCUAUGCUACAGUCAUUCAGGAUCUGGGACUUCAUGAUGGAAUCCAGCGAGUUCUUUUUGGCAACAACUUGAACUUCUGGCUGCACAAGCUCAUCUUCAUAGAUGCCAUCUCCUUUUUGUCAGGGAAGAGACUGGCAUUGUCCUUGGACAGGUACAUGCUCGUGGAUAUUGAUGAUAUAUUUGUUGGGAAGGAAGGAACAAGGAUGAAUGUCAAAGAUGUAAAGGCAUUACUAGAGACUCAAAAUUUACUGCGCACUCAGGUUGCAAAUUUUACCUUCAACCUUGGAUUUUCAGGGAAGUUUUACCACACAGGGACUGAAGAGGAAGAUGAAGGAGAUGACCUUUUGCUUAGAUCUGUGGAUGAGUUCUGGUGGUUUCCUCACAUGUGGAGCCACAUGCAGCCCCACCUCUUCCACAAUGAAUCAUCUUUAGUGGAGCAGAUGAUUCUCAACAGAGAAUUUGCACUGGAACAUGGAAUACCAACCAACAUGGGCUAUGCUGUGGCCCCACAUCACUCAGGGGUCUACCCAGUUCAUCUUCAGCUCUAUGCAGCUUGGAAGAAGGUCUGGGGUAUUCAGGUCACCAGCACUGAAGAGUAUCCACAUUUGAAACCUGCACGGUACAGGAAGGGUUUCAUUCACAAUAGCAUCAUGGUCCUUCCUCGGCAGACCUGUGGGUUGUUCACACACACUAUUUUCUACAAAGAGUAUCCAGGAGGACCUCAAGAAUUGGAUAAAAGUAUCAGAGGAGGUGAACUUUUCCUCACAGUUCUCCUAAACCCAAUCAGCAUUUUCAUGACCCACUUAUCGAACUAUGGGAACGACCGCCUAGGAUUAUAUACCUUUGUGAACUUGGCCAACUUCGUGCACAGCUGGACCAACCUGAGACUGCAAACUCUUCCUCCAGUGCAACUGGCCCACAAGUACUUUGAGCUCUUCCCUGAGCAAAAAGACCCUCUCUGGCAGAAUCCAUGUGAUGAUAAACGCCACAAAGACAUCUGGUCCAGAGAGAAAACAUGUGACCACUUACCAAAAUUCCUCGUAAUUGGGCCACAGAAAACAGGAACAACAGCACUUUAUUUAUUUCUUCUUAUGCACCCUUCUAUCAUCAGCAAUCUCCCAAGCCCAAAAACAUUUGAGGAAGUUCAAUUCUUUAAUGGCAACAAUUAUCACAAGGGAAUUGACUGGUAUAUGGACUUCUUCCCUACCCCAUCCAACAUCACCAGUGACUUUCUGUUUGAAAAGAGUGCUAAUUACUUUCAUUCGGAGGAAGCUCCAAAGCGAGCUGCAUCUCUCAUCCCCAAAGCCAAGAUCAUCACCAUCCUCAUCGACCCCUCAGACAGGGCAUACUCCUGGUACCAGCACCAACGAUCACAUGAAGAUCCAGCUGCCUUGAGAUUUAAUUUCUAUGAAGUUAUUACAACUGGUCAUUGGGCCCCAUCUGACUUAAAGACUUUGCAGAGAAGAUGCCUCAUUCCUGGAUGGUAUGCAGUACACAUAGAGAGAUGGCUGACUUACUUCGACACUUCUCAGUUACUAAUUAUUGAUGGACAGCAGUUGAGAUCUGACCCAGCUACAGUGAUGGAUGAAGUCCAGAAGUUUCUGGGAGUGACACCGCAUUAUAAUUACUCUGAAGCACUAACGUUUGAUCCUCAAAAGGGUUUUUGGUGUCAGUUACUGGAAGGAGGAAAGACCAAAUGCCUUGGAAAAGGCAAAGGCCGGAAAUAUCCACCUAUGGAUCCAGAGUCUAGAACUUUCCUCUCUAAUUACUACCGAGAUCAUAAUGUGGAACUGUCCAAACUACUACACAGAUUGGGGCAACCUCUGCCCUCCUGGCUGAGACAGGAGCUUCAGAAAGUCAGAUAGCACUGGAGACAAGAACCGAGUCUCUCAAGAUACUUUUAAUGUUAAGUAGAAAGACUGAACCCCACCACAUUUAUCCCCUUCAUGUACCUGUGACUGGGAACAGAGCACUGUGUGAAUUCUCUUCAAUCUUUCUUUCUAAAAUGCUAAUGGUUAUAUAUGCACAGAUUGGCAAUUACUAGCAUUAAUCCCUGUGUAAGCUUUUCAGAAAUAAUGUGGGAUUUUGUGUCAUUAUCCAGUUUCUAUUGUAAGGGUCAUUACACAGCUCAGUUCCUCUGUUAACCACAGUUUUCAACAACUCUAUGUAUGACUGAUAACCCAGAAUGAGGUGUCUGUAAAUGAGGGUAGUAGUAACCCAAUAUCUGAGUUAAGGGCUAACAUUUUCCCCUUGCUAACUUAUAGAUAUUUGUUCCUUUGCUUUGAAAAGGAAUGCUAUCAUCCCAAACUCUGAUUUUUAAAUAAGUAUUUUUUAUUUUAUUGACUUCACAUAUAUUUUCCUCUGUUGUUACUCAUCUGUAUGAAUUUCUUUGACUUUAGAAAUUAUUGUAGCCUCAUGUGUUUUUCACCUGUUUCCUCUUGGGAAAAGGGAAAUUUCCCAAAUCUACUGAUAUUGCUACUUUAUGUGGCUGGGCAUGCCAUUCUCAGUGAAUUUAGUAUUGUGGUUUUAAUGAAAACUGUCCAGGAGUUUGGGGAAGGGGUCAUUAAGGAAAUUGGCACUGCACAGGAUCACUGUCAGGUGCAGGCCAUUUAUAAGUGAAUCCACAGUGGCACCAUACAAUCAAUCUAGGCAUUUUCACCUUGAGAGUGAUGCAGUAUUCAUAUAUUUUUUCACUAUUCAAGAUAGAAAAAACUUUAUUGAUAAGAUAUGAAUUGAAAAAACCAAGGCAUUGUGCCUUCUAUGUAAUAUACAUAUAUCUUUGUAAAGCAUGGAUUUUUCAUAUAUACCAGUACAUCUACUAUUGUAGAAGAUUAUGUUUUUACAGCAUAUCUAAACAAAGAAAUAUAAUCUAAAACUUACCUCUUCAAAUAUCAUUAUUUCUCUAACUUAAAACCCAUUUCUCAGCCAUGCCACCCAUUGUUAAUUUCUAGAGAAGAAGUGAUGUUCUUCCUCUCAUAGAGUUGUAGGUCCUGUCUUAUUUGGAGGUCAUUGUCAUGCUUGUUGGAUUUUAUCCCAUUUGUCAAUGAAGAUAUAUUAUGGCUUUGUCAAUAUUUUCAGUGAUACACGAAGGUAAAAUUUCAACAGGACAGUAAAUCACACAGACUUUGGUAACAUUAUCCAUCAAUUCACAUUUCCUCCAGAGAAAUUUUUCUAUGGUCUGUAAAUAAUACUACUUUUUCUUAUAAUUUGAGUAAUUGAUUCAAUAGCAAAAUGAAGAUCUUUGUUUUUGUUGUUUUAAGCAAGCAAUUAAAAUCUGAGUGUUCUUAAAGAGAAACAGGAUUUUUACAUCUUUUGUCUCAGAUCCCAACUUUGCAUUAAUACAUCAUUAAGAUUUUUGUUUGUUUUCCUAGCAGACUUAGAAGCUCUUAAUCUUUUUCAGAAAGAUGAAGGACUUUUCUUGAGCAUGGGUGAAUGUAAAUCACUAUUACUUUUGUUGUUCCACUGUUAACUGUGAUUCUCAAAUUCUCAAGCUUGUUAUCCAGGUGAGCUUGUGCUUCUCAGAUGCCUUUCAUCGUACAUAAAUCAUUGCGAUUGUGUAUUUAGAGUUCUGAGUUUUGGUUGAUUUGUUUACUAGUUUCCUCCAGUUUGAAAUUUAAUGAUUUUCUUGAAAUAAAGAUUAACAUUUUUGCCCAAGUGGGAUGAAAAAUAUGUUUAUAGACUGGAAGGCAGAUAUUUUUCACAUCAAGUAAAAUUCAUGUAAUUCAAGGUUGCCCAACUUGUCAUCAGAAUUCUUAAAAUAUGCCUUAUUUUCUGCAUUUCCUCAUUUUUCUCUAAACUAUGUAUAUAGUAUCAUUGAUGUACCUAUAAACAUCUGUGAGGAAAAUUUCUCCAAACUCGAGUAAUUGCUUGUUUCAAUCAAUGCAUACAUUUUUUCUUACAAGUUUAACAAUGAAGACAACAAACCAUUUUUUCUUUAAUUUUGUAGUUCAUCUUCAUCUUAAUAAAUCACUUAAAGGGACUCUGAGCUAUGAGAUUGUACUAUAAUAAAUCAGGAAAAAUUUCAGGUUAAAGAAUGUCUUGAUUUUCUCAUAUUUUACCCACCUCAGAAUUGUUGACUCCAAUUUUAAUAUGUGUGAUCCUUUAAAAUUUUAAAUAAAUACUCUCAUGGUCUUAAGGGACAUACUUUACUUUCUUUACUUUUAAACAACUUCCUAAGACAUUGAAGCAUUUCAAGCUGUUUCUCUUCUUUUUUUUUCUAUUCUUUACUCUAGUUAUUCAACUUAUGAAAGAAAUUUUUGAUUACUUCAUACUAAUAAAGGCAGAAACAAUAUUUUCUUGUAAGUCUUCACCAAAAUAUCAUGUUUGCUUGUCAAAUACUAGUCUCUAAAAAUUAUAUUACAAAAAGUCAUCCAAAAUCAAAUGUUGUUAUAUUUAACAAAAGUCCAAAGAGAAUUAAAUAAGCAAUAAGGAAGAGAGUCAAUGAGAAAAAUGUAUACUCCAUCACUGUAUUGUUUCCUUUAAAAGAUAGUCAUUUAUUUCUCUAAGAGAUUUUGUUUUUCUGAAUUUUAACAAAUGAAUUUAUAUUUGUCUGGUGUAGCUUUUGUUCCUCCUUUCACUGUUUUAAUGUAAAAUAAAUUGAUUGAUUAUAAGUAUUGGAUUUAUUUGUAAUUAUAGAAAAUAUGAAAAUUUUGUCACAAUAAUAUUUUAAAAUUCUAUUUCUUGUCACUAUCUGAUAAUCACUUGCUUGAUGGAAGUCUCUCAAAAAAAUUCUGUCUAAUGAUUUUAAAAAGCAAGAACUUUAGUAUUCUUGCAAGUAGAAGUUUUCUUGUUUAGAGGAAUUCAGCAUAACUAUGGAUAUAUUUUUCUAAUUAUUUGUAUAUAUAAGUAAAUGUACAAGCGUUUAUGUGGUGUUUGAGAAACUUCAACUUGCUUUUUAACAGACAGUUAGAUGGGUGGGGGAAGCCAAGAGAUAAUUUUGUAUUUACUGAAAUGGAAACUGUUAAAAAUAUCUUAUGUAGAAUGUGUAAUACAUACCAUUGGUAUUCACUUCUUCAGAAUAAAUACUACUGCAGGUAUGACCACUAGAGCAACGUUUCUC